AACCUUUUCUCUAAUGUCAAGUGGCCCAGAAUUUUAUUCAAAGGCCUCUGAAGCCUUCUUCGACGACGACUAUGAAGAAGCUAUUGACCUCUUUUCCAAGGCUAUUUCCCUUGAGCCCACUAAUGCCGAAUAUCUUUUGAAAAGAGGUGUCACCUAUCAAAAGACCAAGGAAUUUGAGAAAGCUCUCGCGGAUGCCAAACAGGCACUCUCUGUUGUCCAAGACACCAAGGGUUCAAAUAACUUAUUGGCCAAAGCUCAUUUGCAGAAUGGCAUUGCACUCCAUCAGCUUGGCCACUACACAGAAGCCCAGAAGCAUUUCGAGACUUCAAAGGAGCUCAACCCCAACGAAAGAACACUGGUGACAUGGCUUAAAAAGAACUCAGACAAGGUCCCAGCUGUUAUUACUCCUCCAGCUGCUCCUCCUGUGGCCACCGCCACUCCUCCUACUGCUGCUGCUCCUGCUCCUGCAUCUAAACUUACUGCUGCAAACCUUCCUGAGCCCAUUGCUGGCGCGACUGUCCCUGUUCCAGUAACACCUCAGGCAGUAAGAGUCAGACAUGAAUGGUUCCAGAGCGAUAAAUUUGUUACAGUCGAAGUUUUUAUUAAGAACAUCAAGGCUGGCACUGUGAACCUUGAAUUCCACGACAAUUCUAUUUCUUUGACUAUCAGAUUACCUUCUGGGUCAGAUUACAACCUUGAGCUUGAUCCUCUUGCUCAUGAAAUUGACCCUUCUCAAUCAUCAUACAAAAUUCUCUCGACCAAGCUUGAAAUUAAGCUCAAGAAAUCUUUGGAGGGUAUCAUGUGGGGUACAUUGGAAGGCGAAGAUCCCAACACCAGUGCAAUGGCUGUUGCUUCUCAACCUACAAAGAAAGGCAAAGACUGGGGCAAGUUGGCUAAGGAAAUUGAGAAGGAGCAGGAAAAGCCUGAGGGUGAGAAGGCUCUCAAUGCCAUGUUCCAACAGAUCUACAGUAAUGCAGACGAUGAUACCAAGCGCGCAAUGAUGAAGAGUUUCGUGGAAAGCAAUGGUACCUGUCUCUCUACAAACUGGUCAGAGGUUGGUGCCAAGGCUGUAGAAACAAAGCCACCGGAAGGCAUGAUCGCCAAGAAGUACGGUGAAUAAAAGAGGGUGAUUUUAAGAAUAUCUAUCCACAAACCACACAUGUAUAAAGCGCAAAUAUAUAACAAAAAAUAAAUAAAAUAAAAACAUAGUCAAUAAGCAUAACACUUGGAAUAACUC